AUGGCUACCAAAAAUAUUGUCCUUUUCGGAGAGAGUGGCGUCGGGAAAAGCUCCAUCAUCAACCUCCUCGCAGGGAGGAAGGUCGCUCAGACCUCUCCAGACGCCAAGCAUUGUACAUUGCGUUAUAAAUCAUAUGAAGUUAUCAUCGGCAACGUGCCAUAUCGCAUCUAUGAUACUGCCGGGGUCGACGGCGACCGCAUGGACCCUAUCGGAUUUCUUGACGCCGUUACCAAUGCUCACAAGUUGAUGAAGGAGCUGAAGGAGAAAGGAGGACCCCAUCUGCUGCUGUACUGCAUGAAGGCGGGCAGGAUACAACCAUCGUUUGCCACCAACUACAGGCUAUUCUACGAAUUUUUCUUCGAAGAGAAGAUACCAGUUGCGCUCGUCGUUACUCACCUGGAGAGGGAGGAUCCCAUGGAUGAAUGGUACACGCGAAACAAGGGGUCGUUCGAGCGCCAUGCGGUCAAGUGUAUUGACUAUGCUUGUAUCACUGCGGCCGAAAAUCUGGACCCGAGAUACAAGAAGAAGUACAGCACGUCCAGAGAAGUAGUGGGCGACUUGAUCAGACGCCAUGUGCAUGAGGUGGAGAACUGGGAUGGAGGGGAAGGGUGGCUUAGCAGUUUCAUUGGAAAGUUGAAAGACCUCUUAACGGGGCGUCCAAGCAAAUCAGACUUUCUCGGGGUCCUCACGAAGCGCUGCGGGAUGGAGGAGAGCCUAGCAAAAGACGAUCGCCGCACUAAAAAUAUCGUUGUGUUCGGCGCAAUGGGCGCCGGAAAAAGUUCCCUCGUAAACCUCAUCGCAGACAAACACAUCGCUAAAACUGGCUCCAACCUCGAGCGCUGCACCCUCACAUGGACCAAACACGUGUUGCCCAAGCUCUUUAGUGAUGGGGAGCAAUAUAAUCUCUUCGACACGAUGGGCAUCGAGAACCCAGAACUCGAGGCACGCGAGUAUCACGAGUCCAUCAAGAACGCCAGCCGCCUUCUCCGCGCACUUGAUUCAUGCGGGGGUACCAGUUUGUUGGUAUACUGCAUUCGAAAAGGUCGCGUGAGUAGCGCGCUGCAGAGCAAUUACCAGUUGUUCCUUGAAGUCCUAUAUCAGCGGCGAGUCCCCAUAGUCAUGGUCGUGACGUGCCUCGAGGGCGAGGACGACAUGGAGGCGUGGUGGACGCGAAACUAUGCAGAGUUAGAGAAACACCAAAUUGUCGUGCAGGGGCAUGCAUGCGUAACGACUCUAACGGAGGCGGAUGCGAAGUACAGGGCAUCGAGGGAAGCCGUGCGUAACCUAAUCCGGGAGAAUGCCGCGGUUAUGCCAGUGUUGGCGGGAUGGAAGCAGAGAGGGCAAAUCAGCGCGUUCAUGCGACGGUUCAGGUUACAUACAGAUCCGGAGGAGAAGGCACUGCAAAAGAAACUCGAGAUUCAAUGCGGGAUGAAGAAAGGAUUGUCUUCAAAGGUCGCCAAGACACUUAUGUACAGGUAG